AUGAUGUCAAACCUGGGCCAAGCUCGAGCUCAUGCUCCUCCGCCAUCGGACCCUUUAGAGGCAUUCGACGAUUCCUUGGAUUCAAAGUCCAAGGAGCACUUGCUCCUUCCCGAACAGGACGAUGAACCGGGCUUCGCCAUUGCAUCUAAAUUAACACGAGGCCUACAAGUACCUUCGCGGAGCGGUACCUGCUCCUCCGGCUUUGAUUACCCAGAAGAAUUGUCACAACACCGAAUCUCCGAAACACAAUGGAGUCAGUUCACCCAAGUCAUCCGUGACGAAGCCAAACUCUCCCGACAGCAGUGGACCACUGUUAUUGGUAAGGGUCUGGGAACGCUCGCCAUAGGAGGGCUGAUGGUUGGCUUCUUCGGUGCUAUCCCAGCGGUCCUAGUCGCACGUCACAUUCGAAGGCGAAAGGAGAAGCGCAAUUUGGUUUCCGCGAUGGCAGGGGAGCAGGGUGAGCGUCUGGCUCACCACAUUUCAUUCUGGAACGAGAAUUUCUUCCAGCCUCGGGGGCUCUUAAUUCGUGUCGAUUUGCCAAAUGAGUUGUUGGAGGAUAUGAAGGAUAUGGAUCUCCACCUGGAGGGCUUCCUGGGUCAAUCCGAUCCAAGGGACCGUGAUAGAGCUGCUCUCAAGGCACGCAUUGUCAUUAUUCCAUUGGAAGAUUCUGUGCCAUUAUCAAGAAGGGAUUCUGAGACGACUUUGGAAGAGUCUGCACCCUUAUCAAGAAUGGAUUCCGAGACGACUCUAAGGGCCGAAUGA